GAGGGCGGAGUAAAUAACAUUUCUUUACCUAGCUGUCUUUACACAGCGAGAAAGCGGUUAUAUCAAGCACGUUAACAGACAAUCAAAUGAAAUAAAUCCUAAAUCCGUUUACGAUACGUCUCUUUCAUUUAACAGAUCUUGAUGUUCCUACUCAAACCACUCUUUUAAUAAUUCACCUUUCUCAGGGAGAUCGCGAACUGGUUUAAAGUGGGCGGCAGAGUGCGACACAGGAAAGUAAGCACUGGAUGACCCCAAUAUGGUCAUGAGGAACUUUGAGAGAAUCCAGAAGUGCAGAAGGGCAGGUCAACAUACCUAAGCGCAUUGAGCUGUAAGACAGUAAGGAUAGUCUCUCUGACAGAACCUCUAAAUUUCAGAAUAAAGUGAAAAGCUUUUUGUAAUUGUAAGACAUCUGCUUGCCCUGCAGAAUAUGGAAAAAACACAGCAGUCCUUGGAGCCCAGUGGGAAACCUGAUGAUAAACAGUCAAACUCCACAAAGCAGGAUAAGGGUUCUGGUUCAGAUACAGAGGAGACAGUCGACCAUGAGAGCCAACCAACACAUGAACAGGACAUUAACAACAUUAUUUCACAUAAUGUGCAAAAGCAAACAGCGAUUGACAUCAAUCAGGGUGACAGCACUAAAGUGUUGGAAAAGAGGUAUAACAAAGAGGGUGAGACACCUGGAGAAGAGGAAAAUCCUAAACAAAAAGGGCAGAAGAAACCCAUAAAUCCAUUUAUGCCUCAAGUUGCAGCAAAGAAUAAAACAAUGCAGAAGAAGAAUGGAAACCAAACUGAAGGCAGCGGCAAUGACCUUGCAGAGACUAAAGGCCAGAAGAAGAGCCUCAUGGAAUGGCUGGAUGAGUUCCGUAUAAGUGAAAGUCAUAGGGAGGUUGAGGAGGAUCUUGAUGGCCUCAUGGAUUGGUGGAGCACUGUGGAAAAAUGGGAGGACAUGCCCAAAAGUGAAAACAUGACAGAAAAAGAGGAAGCCAAGGCUUUUGCAGUAACAGCUGAAAAGGUCCAGAAGGGAAUACGUGUGUUUAACAAACUCUUCUCAGAGCGAGCAGAGGGACUGUGGCAACAUGUGAUUGACCUGCACGCCAUUGCUGAUGGCUUAGACCGCUUCAACAAGAAGACCAAGAUCGCCCAGAUCACCGGUGGCUCCACCAGUGCUUUGGGAGGUGUUACCACCAUUACUGGCUUAGCCCUGGCACCUUUCACCAUGGGAGCCUCUCUGAUUGUUACUGCAGUUGGUCUGGGUGUUGCCAUGGCAGGAGGGCUCACCUCUGCCUCUGCUGGGAUAUCCAGUGCCGUCAACAACUCUUUGGAUCGCAAGAAAGUAGAGCACAUUGUGGAAGACUAUCAGGAGAAGAUGGAUGACCUUAACAAAUGCAUGAAGUUCAUCAAGCAAGGGAUAACAAACCUACGCAAGUUCAACCUGAAUAAGAUGAAGAAGCGUGCGUACAAUCGAGACUUCCCUUGUUUUGACAAUAUCUAUGAGGACGGUGCCAUGGCAGGCAAAGCUAUUCUAAUCAAUGCCAAUGAGAUUAUGCGUGUGGUGCAGGUAGCCAAUGCCGCUGGAACCACCGCAGCACGAGCAGUGCAGAUCGCUAGUGUAUCCACCGGUGUUCUCACUGGGCUCUUUGUUGGGAUGGAUAUCUAUUUUGUGGCAAAAGACUCCCAUGAGCUGAAAAAAGGUGCAAAGUCUGAAUUUGCUGCCAAGAUUAGAGAGGUGGCAGACCAGCUACAUGAGGGUUUGGUGGAACUCAACAGCAUCCGAGAGGAGCUGCAGUCGUGCAACAAUCUUCGUCCUGAAAUACCUCUAAAACAAAACUCUCUAAACACUCCUUUUAUUUAAAUGUGCAAUCUGUAAAAUUUGUGUUUAUGUUCUCUGACACAUAGUGGCAUAGAUGCAGCAUCUCACAAAAAACUUAAAUUCUCUUUUACUGACGUCAUAGUAAAAAUGUGAUUUUGAACAUAUUUUAAAAAAGAUCUAUUCUACUAGUACUAUUUCUUUCUGUUUGAAAGUUUAGCAGUUAGCAAAAGAUGACUGAGAACUCCUUUAAUUGUUAAGCCAUAUCACCCUGUAGCUCAAGACUACUUGUUUACUGAAGCUAAACAGGGCUGAGCCUGGUCAGUACCUGGAUGGGAGACCUCCUGGGAAACUAAGGUUGCUGCUGGAAGAGGUAUUAGGGAGGCCAGCAGGGGUGCUCUCCCUGUGGACUGUGUAGGCCUUAAUGCCCCAGAAUAGUGAUGGGAAGACUAUACUGUAAAAAGGCACUGUCCUUUGGAUGAGAUGUUAAACUGAGGUCCUGACUCUCUGUGGUCAUUAAAAAUCCCAGGGCACUCCUUGAAAAGAGUAGGGGUGUAACCCUGGUGUCCUGGCCAAAUUCUCCUUAUUGGCCCUUAUCAAUCAUGGCUUUCUAAUAAUCCCCAUCCAUUAAUUGGCUCUAUCACUCCACUCUCUCCUCUCCACCAACAGCUGGUGUGUGUAAUGAGUGUACUGGCGCACUAUGGCUGCUGUCACAUCAUCCAGGUGGAUGCUGCACACUGGUGAUGGUUGAGGAGAGUCCCCUGUUCAUUGUGUAAAGUGCUUUGAGUGUAGUGUCAGAAAAGCGCUAUAUGAAUGUUCAUUCAUUCAACUUCACACUUAGAAAAAAAAAACUUUAUUUUGAGUAAUGCUUAAACUGCACUGUUAUAUUGCCUUUUUACUGCCAGCACAAUGACUUAGACAGGUUAUGUAAAUUUGGUAACUUGUUUUUUACUUUGAUCCAGUGCUUGUUAAGGUGUAAUUUCUGCUUUUAUAAGGCCAAGACUUUAUGAACUAAUACCAUCUAUAUGGGCCUGAAUACAUGGUAACAGUUCAAGCAUAUUACUUUAUUAUCCCACCAUGGUAAAGGAGAUGGCUUUUUAAGUAUUUUUAUUUUUGUAAAUAUCUUUACGUUGAUGUUUUUUAACACCUGAUAAAGAAUAUCUUCAGGUGAGCGAUUUCAAUAAAUAUAGGCUACUUUGUGUUAUUUUACUAUUUAUUACAUUUUAUGAAUUUGUCAUUAAAUGCUUUAUAGUAUUGUUUCCUGUUCACAUAUUAUUUGUGUAGGCCUAUCUUAAGUGCAAAUGUUGGCCUUAUUGUUACCAUUGUUUGUCAUUGUUACAGUAGGCAAUAUAAAAAAUGUAUAAAAGAAUGUAUUAAAAGUAAUAUUGAGCAAA